AUUAGCUUAAUCUAGCCUUGAAUAGGUCAUAAAGCUGGUGCAAAAUCGUCUCCAUAUUCGUCUUCAAUCUCUUCUACUCCCACAAAAGAUUGGUAGGAAAUUGCAAGGAGCACCGCAUCAUCUCUUCUCAGAGCGACAAUGGCGACCGGCGUCGAAUCUACCGCGGAGAAUCUCUCCAAGCUCAACAUCAAUGCCGAUUUCGCUAAUUCUGCUCCUAAUCUGAAGAAAAAUCUUCACCUCUUCUCUCCAGAUCAGAUUGAAUUGGCGAAGAUGUUGCUGGAGAUGGGACAGAGUCAUUUGUUUGAGCAUUGGCCGGAGCCUGGUGUUGACGACGAGGAGAAGAAGGCCUUUUUGGCUCAGGUGGCUAAGCUAAAUUCAAGCUACCCUGCGGCUUUGGUGUCAUAUAUUAGAAAUGCUAGAGAACUCUUGGCAGAUUCAAAAGCAGGGAAGAACCCGUAUGAUGGCUUUAAACCAUCUGUUCCAACAGGAGAGGUUCUGACAUUCGGUGAUGAUAAUUUCAUCAAAUUUGAGGAGACAGGGAUUAAGGAAGCUCAGAAUGCUGCAUUUGGUCUUGUUGCGGGUGGGCUCGGGGAGCGCCUUGGAUAUAAUGGCAUUAAGGUGGCACUUCCUGCAGAGACCACAACUGGAACAUGUUUCUUACAGCACUACAUUGAGUGUAUUCUGGCCCUUCAGGAAGCUAGCUAUAGAUUAACGAAAGGUGAACAUCAAAAGGAGAUUCCCUUUGUUAUUAUGACAUCAGAUGACACACAUGCCCGUACAACCAACCUUUUAGAAUCAAAUUCUUAUUUUGGAAUGAAGCCUACCCAAGUAAAACUCCUUAAGCAGGAAAAAGUUGCAUGCUUAGAUGAUAACGAUGCCAGACUUGCUAUGGACCCCCAUAACAAAUACAGGAUUCAGACGAAACCUCAUGGCCAUGGCGACGUGCACUCACUUCUUUAUUCUAGUGGCAUUCUGAAUGAGUGGCGUGAUGCUGGUGUGAGAUGGGUUCUUUUUUUCCAAGAUACAAAUGGACUUCUAUUCAAGGCAAUUCCAGCUGCUCUAGGUGUCAGUGCUACCAAACAAUACCAUGUCAACUCUCUUGCUGUUCAACGCAAAGCAAAAGAAGCUAUUGGAGGAAUUACCAAACUCACUCAUGCUGAUGGGAGGUCAAUGGUGAUCAAUGUGGAAUACAAUCAGCUUGAUCCCCUGCUUAGAGCCAGUGGGUUUCCUGAUGGAGACGUUAAUUGUGAGACAGGCUAUUCUCCUUUCCCUGGAAACAUAAACCAACUGAUUCUGGAACUUGGUUCUUACAUUGAGGAGCUGGGUAAAACAGGAGGUGCCAUAAAGGAAUUUGUUAACCCUAAGUAUAAAGAUGCUAGCAAAACAUCAUUUAAGUCUUCAACUCGACUAGAGUGUAUGAUGCAAGAUUAUCCUAAAACAUUGCCCCCAUCAGCAAGGGUUGGAUUUACGGUGAUGGAUGCAUGGAUUGCCUAUGCACCGGUGAAGAAUAACCCCGAGGAGGCUGCAAAGGUACCAAAGGGGAAUCCAUACCACAGUGCAACUUCUGGAGAAUUCGCUAUAUAUCGUGCAAACAGCCUUAUCCUAAGGAAGGCCGGUGUCAAAGUGGGUGAUCCAGUACAACAGGUGUUCAAUGGUCAAGACGUGGAAGUCUGGCCACGAAUUACAUGGAAGCCAAAAUGGGGGCUGACUUUUGCUGAGAUCAAAAGCAAAGUCAGUGGAGCUAGCGCCAUCUCUCAAAAGUCUACCAUGGUCAUUCAGGGCCGAAACAUCUUUCUCGAAGAUCUGUCCUUGGAUGGAUCUCUUGUCGUCAACUCUGUUGACGAUGCAGAGGUGAAAGUAGGAGGAUCGGUGCAAAACAAGGGUUGGGUCCUUGAGAACGUAGACUACAAAGAUGCUUCCAUACCUGAAGAACUAAGAAUCAGGGGUUUCAGAAUCAACAAAAUACAGCAGCUGGAGAAAAUCUACAAUGAACCUGGCAAGUUCACCUUGAAGCCAUGAAGGUGAACUUGUGCAAGAAAGAUUCUAACCUCCUUUUUUUUUUUUUGAAUUUUCUUUUUCUUUUUUGAAUAAUUUCCCUCUGGUUAUGUUAGUGCUAAUAAUAAGCCUUCUUCCUUUUUUUUUUUUUUUUUUGGGUACAAACCAAUAAGCCUCUUUGGUCAUCUUGUAACUUGUAUUAUUUCACAGUUAGUUGGAUGAGCCUUAAAGUGGCACCGGCUAAUGAUUUGAUUGUUUUAAACGAAUUUUGUUACCAUCAAAUAUUGGUAGAUGUUUUAAAUUAACUUUCUCGCCCUCA